AUGCCGUCACAAGCGGGCUUCGGGGCUGGUGAGGCCGAGUAUGCGGUCCUCCCGCGAAAUUCAAACCAGGCGCUCGGCAUCGCUCAGUACGCCAUCGAUUUCCUAGGCGGCAAAUACGGCGACAAUGUUUCGGCGAGGGUGUACGAGAGGGUGCGGCUCUUCCACACAGACAGCGUCGUGUGCGGCGUGUCUGCCUUGGCGCUGAAGACCAAUGCGCCCACGAUCCUUCGUGAGGAAGCACUGGAAUACUCAUGUGACUCCGGCGCGAGAGUUUUUGGCAGCCUCGCGAGAUCCCACCCCGAAAAGGCUAUCGCGGCGAACUGCGCCGCCGUUCGCGAGUGGGAUGCCAACGGCACAGUCUUCGGAUUCAAUCCAAAGCUGCCGGAGCACCGGGCGGGCGAGUUCGGUCACAAUGACUUCUACCCCGUCGUCGUCGCGGCUGCUCAUGCCGGCGCCAAAGACGUCGAUGGCAGGAAGGCCUUACGCGCGAUGCUUUGCCUGGACGAAAUUCGCGGCAGACUUGCAGAGGUGUUCAGUCUCAAGUCCUUCAAAGUAGACCACGUGGUUCACGGUGCCAUCGCCUCUGCCGCCGUCUACGGCGCUCUCCUGGGGGCCACGGCUGAGCAAAUCGAAUCCGCCAUCGGCCUCUCAGUUGCGCACUACAUUCCGUGGAGAGCGAUUCGCGCUGGGAAACAGCUGAGCGACUCGAAAGGAAGUUCCGCGGGACUCGCAGCUGAAGCGGCAGUUCUCAGCAUGCGCAGAGCGAUGCGGGGCUUUGUUGGCCCGCGAGACAUCUUCCGAAAUCCCGAGUCCGUGUUUCGAGCGAAUGUGAGGACUGCGGGAGAUUCCCCGUUCGAUCUCAUUCUCGCUCACUCCGGCGAAGACUUCGCAGUCGCGCGCAUGCACUUCAAACUCGGGUUGUAUGAACACCAGUCAGCCGGCGCCCUCGAGGGCGUCCUUCGCCUGCUGAUGGAAAACCCCGUUCUGUACAAGGAGCCAAGUCGCAUCAAGUCAGUCACAGUGACUGCAUACGAGCCUGCGUUCGGAGUCAUCGGCGACGUCGCCAAACGCGACCCCCAGACUCGCCAGUCGGCGGACCACUCCAUGGUGUAUGUUAUCUCGACUCUCAUGAGGAAGGCCAUUGAGGCGGAGGAAAUUCCCCCAGACCUUGACGGUGCCUGGAUGGCGUUGAUGCUCACGCCGUUCGACUACAGCAAAGAGGCGAUUGCUCACCCAACGACCAGAGCGCUGAUGAACAACACGCACUUCAAGCACGGCGGGCCCGAAUACGACGCCAAGUAUCCUGAAGGCAUUCCAACGAGCGUUGCGGUAGAACUCAGCGACGGCCAGACACUCGAGGGCCCGCUUGUUAUGUUUCCCGCGGGGCAUGCCGCAAACACUGAGGCGGAUCUGAUGAAGAUUUUGUCGCACAAGUUUCGAACGAUGGUCGCGAUCGCGAUGGAGCGCGAGGACGCGGAGGCCUUCCUGGCGAAGCUCGACAACCUGCCCGCGCUAAGCAAUGAAGAACUUCAAACGCUCUACUACUUUCCUUCGUUGAAGUCGCUUGCGCCUAUCGACUAG